AUGCAGAAACAGCCGCCGACGCAACCACGGCAUCACCCACCACAACAUAUAACACCGCAACAACCGCAGCAGCAGUACCGAACAGACUCGCAGAAGCUCAACGACACUGCCUCUGCUACUGCCAAAAUGGCUGGAGGCGAUCCGCGCAACAGAGCCCCGCUUCCUGUGCCGGGAGGUCAUGGUCCAUUUCCACAGAGCGAAAACGGUGGCAUGCGUCCGCCGUUUGAUAUGGCUCGCAGCCCGCCAAAUCCGCCAGCUAGCAAGAAUACUAAACAUGUUCCAUGCAAGUUCUUCCGUCAGGGAACCUGUCAGGCCGGCCCGGCAUGCCCGUUCCUGCAUUCGACAGACAAUACUAUAGAUUCUGCGCCAUGCAAAUACUUUACAAAGGGAAACUGCAAAUUCGGAGCAAAGUGUGCCCUUGCUCACAUCUUGCCCGAUGGCCGGAGGGUGAACCGGCCCAGCAUGGGCCUCGGAGGGAAUCUCAACCUAGGCGGUCGAGUUCAUCCUCCGCCAUACCAUGCACAAGACUCAGCUUUAGCAAACUCACUCCUCUCGCAGCAGCAAAUAAACGGACACAACUCACGCUUCUCAUAUCCGUAUGCCUCCCAGGAUGAUCUCCAUCUUCUACCUCCGCAUGCCCAGCAACAACUUCAGCAACAGCAACUGCAGCAGCAGCAACCACCACAGUUUGGACAGCAAUACGACGGUUCGAUCCCGCUUAUUGACGCCGGUCUGGUAUCUGACACCGGCUCCAAGUAUGGCUCACCUCCGGAGGAAAUUCGCCUUCCCAUGUCUCCGAUCGGCCGCACAGCUUUAGAUGCUCCGCUGCCUGCCUCGUUCGACAGUCAAGGUAUAUCCCACAUGGCCCGCUACGGCCCAGUCGCGGCAUCAGUGCCGUCCAAGUUCGGCCUUGACUUCGCUCACUCCCCAUCCCUCUCUCACCGACCUAACGCCACACCCGACGUUCUCCGCAGCCUUCACGAUACAGCCUUUGGACUAGACAAAAAACCGCUUGGACUUGGUUCCUCACCACCAGUUGUUAGUGCGGAAGAUAAUUCCGGCUUCCGUGUCAUGCACUCCCAGCGUGUGCCCCGUCAGCGCAUACUCUCCGCCAGUGUUCCCCGCCCAACAAUUCUCGACGACUGGGAGGACAACUUCACUAUGGAAGAAGACUAUUUGCCGACGAAUCUGCACGAUGAUGUGCUCACGCCUCAAGAACGAAUGCGCCGUCUCUCUCGCACCGAGCACGACUUGUCAAGCAGCAGUAAGGAUCCAUCUGGCCUUGGAAUAGGUAUUGGAGUCGGCAUCGGAGGAUCCACCAAAGUAGGCUCCCCGCUCGCAUCCAGUCCAUCUCGGUUCGGUGCCCUAUUUGCCAAACAACGCCAGCGGAAGGAGGAAGAAGCUCAAGCUGCCCUCGCUCAGAACGGACACGUCGGCUCUCCUCUGCGCGAAUCAGUCGCUGGGUCCCGCUCUUCUGCAAGCGCUAUCCGGCCCAUCGGAAGUCUGCCCGGGUCCGGCGACAUCUCCCCCUUUGUUGCUAGCCCUCGUCAGUCUUCCAUGUCUAUGAUCUCUGAACAGUUAAGCAGCACAUCACUUCACCCUAGCUCCGCCCGAGCACCAACUAGCAACCCUCGUAUGGACCGUAAUUUAUCAUCACCCGUGAGCACGAGCCGGAUCGACGAGGAGCAGGGCGACUUGGUCUUCUCGAUGGAGGAGGAGGAAAGUAACAAACGAACGAGCGCAAUCUGGGGCGCAAACAAGGAAACCCCGUCUACAGAGGGAGAAAAGAAUGCAAAGGCGUCUACGGCCGGUCAGGAUAAAAAGGAUGGGAGCGGAAAAUCUUACCUAAAAAUGGAGUCUUUGUAUGGAAAUCGAUCAUGA